GGUUGACCAGACUGAAGGGAGGGGUGAGGCUAGGGGAGCUUAGCCGACUGGAGGUCAGACCUUCCAGGGGAAUCUUCUAAUCUUAAGGCACUUAGCUGGCCUGGUCCCGCCCCCUCACUGCCAACCCCCUCCGCUGCCCGUCCCGUUCGGUUGGCCUGGAGAGGAUGAAGAGGCUGGCAGAGCAGAGGAAAGGUAGGAAGAGGGCCCUCGCCUAAGGAAUCAGUCGGCAGCGUCUCAGCAGGAGGCCCAGGCUCUGCUCCCUGCCGUCCUGGGGCCAGGAUGGGGCAGCAGUUCAGCUGGGAGGAGAACGGCGCGGUCGGCGCGGUGGACGCAGCGGAGCUGCAAGAGUGGUACAAGAAGUUCCUGGAUGAGUGCCCCAGCGGCACGCUCUUCAUGCACGAGUUUAAGCGCUUCUUCAAGGUCCCGGACAACGAGGAGGCCACCCAGUUCGUAGAGGGCAUGUUCCGAGCCUUCGACACGAAUGGGGACAACACCAUCGACUUCCUGGAGUACGUGGCAGCCCUGAACCUUGUGCUGAGGGGCACCCUGGAGCACAAGCUCAAGUGGACCUUCAAGAUCUACGACAAGGACCGCAAUGGCUGCAUCGACCGCCAGGAGCUGCUGGACAUCGUGCAGUCCAUCUACAAGCUGAAGAAAGCCUGCAGUGUGGAGAUGGAGGCCGAGCAGCAAGGCAAGCUGCUCACGCCCGAGGAGGUCGUGGACAGGAUCUUCCUUCUGGUGGAUGAAAAUGGAGAUGGGCAGCUGUCCCUGAAUGAGUUCGUUGAAGGUGCCCGUCGUGACAAGUGGGUGAUGAAGAUGCUGCAGAUGGAUCUGAACCCCAGUAGCUGGAUCUCUCAGCAGAGGCGGAAAAGUGCUAUGUUCUGAGGGCUCCGGGGCCCUGGGAGCCCUCCAAGACUCCAGGCUCACCAGGUUUCCAGAGCAGUGGGAGGGUCCCUGGUUCAACCUGCUUAUGCCCAGUCUUAUCCUGGCUUGAACUUCCUGGCAUCCCCUUGCAGGGGGUGGGGCUGAGUGGGGAGGGCAGGGGUCAUUAGUCUGAAAUGGCCAACAGGGCUGGUCCACUGGGAGGAUUUGUGGGGUACUGAAGGGACUUGGCUUCCUCUCCCCCUUCAGCUGAUUCUGGGAAAGCUAUGCCUUGCUAGGUGACUGUGGGGUUCCCACAGAUUCCUUCAUGGUUCUUAGUUGGAAGCAUGGAGAUCUAGUGGUAGGGGUUCCAUAGAUGAAAUUAGCAAUGAAAAUGCCCACACAGUGUGAAACUCACUAGUAGAAGGGUGGGGCUGGCAGGUGUUGUUGACGCUGAAGAAAAGGUAGGAAUUGGGGAGAAGGGAUGAAUAACAAUUACAUCCCCCCAGGACCCCAAGGACUGUUCUUCCUGCCCUUGGAGGGGGUAGACUGUACUUAAAGGAGCUGUUUCAGUUCUGCCCUGGUGCUGCUCUGCCAGCUUCUUCCAACCCUCCUUCCCCACUCCCUACCCCUCAUCCCUCACACUCAGCUCUCCAACCCCCACCCCCAGAAUGGACCCUCCAAAGUUUGCCAUCACAAGCCCACAAGCCAAGUAUGUCUCCUUAAAGAAUGGAGGAACCUUUCUUCUAUUUCUGGAGAGAACUGGGGCCUGCCAACCUGCUCUAGGACAGGCUCUGCCUCCAACUCCUGUGUGACCCACGGCGGGCAUUUCUUUUCCCUGACCUAGGUGUUUUGUCUGCGCCAUGAGCAGGCUGGACUCGACAAGCAGUUUUCAGAUUAUUACUUUUUUAGAUAUGGGAUUCUUUUUGUUAUACAAACUCUAUGUGCAGCCUCCAUACAGAAACUAGAUUAAAAGGCAGUCACUCCGGCAAUCCAUGGGUUAGGACUCUGCACUUUCACUGCUGCGGGCUUGGAUUCAACCCCUGGUCAGGAACUAAGAUCCUAUAACCCAUGCAGUGCAGCCAAAAAAUAAAGAAAAAAAAAAGAAGGUAGUCACUCUGGUUGCAGGGGGUGGUACUGAGGAACUCAAAAAAGAAACCCAUGUAAAUAGAUAUGUUUUUGUGUUGAAGUAUGAAGAAUAAAACUAAUUUGUAGAUCCUGUGAUUUCAUGGGCAUGAUAUCCAUAUAAAGUUAACUGUAGAAAUAAAUGUAAGGUUAAAAAAAUAGUCAAUUAAAAAGUAAUAGUAAUCCAGCUGGGACACAGAUAUGCCCCAAAUCAUGAAGCUGGUAGGUGAAUGAGGCUGGGGAAAUGUCCCAGUUCUAUCCAGAUACCCUCCCAGCUCUGACCUCCAGCAUUUCCCAAGAGGCAGCCACCAAGAGAAGCAGCAGAAAUGUCAACUCCCUUUUGCCCCUCGCAUUGAGCUCCACUUUCCCUCCAUGUCUGUGCUCCGGCCCCACCUGACUUCCAAUCUAGAGCAGUCCACGUGAUGGACAGGACAGGUGUGAACAAAAUGCCUCCUCCCUUCCAUCCCAGGGGGCCCUCUGCAGGCUGGGGCUCCACCCCCUACUUUCCCCUUGUUUGCUCCCUUCCACCCCCUUGGAUUUUCAUGUGCUCCCAGAACCUCCCCCACACCCAGCUGAAGUGAAGACUCAAGUGAAAGAGCAUCUCUGAAAAAAGUGAUCACAACUACUCCAGCCUGUGUCUCUCCCCAGGGUCUUGGUCAGGUAUUCUUAAAGCUGGAGUGUGCAAAGAAUGGGGAGAGGGCCCCCUGUAAGAGACUGUUCCACUUCUCUACUGGUGUCAGGUCUCACUGUGGUAAGAGGGAUUUAGGUUAGAUGGGGGAUGGUCAGGACACUUGCCAUUAACAAUGAGUCGAAAUCCUAUGGGGGUACCAUGUGGUACCAUGUGGCACUGAGGGGCCAGCAGAGGAAGAAUAAGGGUGUUGUGCAACCACUCCUGAAUAAAUACAGAUUCCCAAUGGAUUAAGGAGGACUGUCUAUAGUAUCAUAACUUCUCUUGGCAUAUUGUUUGAUAAGGAUGCUGUGAGUUCCUUGAGGAUGCGAACUGUCCUCUUCUUUGCACGUGUAACAUCUAGCAUUAAUAUAAGUAGCUGUUCGAGACACGCUUGUUGAAGGGAGGAGUGAAUCAACACAGACCACUUAGGCUCUGGGAUAUUGGGGGCAGGACGGGCAUGUGACAGCACUCAGUUGAAGGCUGCAGCCACCAGAUCUUCAGGGUCCCACUGGAGUCCUGGGAAAGCCCACCUCUGCCUCAGAGCUUCUGUAUCUAAAAGAGCGUGGAACCAGAGAAGCUCAGUGGA